AUGAGUGUCCUAGAGUUAAACCACGGUAUCGGAACGGUGGUCAGAAUAAGAACCGAAAAAAAGAGUGCGGUGACACUGCAGUCCACAUCGAAAAGUGAGCCGAGAGCGGAAGCUUCGCUCACCGACGCUAAAAAAAAACAACACAACCUGAGCGUGAUCCUCCUAAACUCGAACGCGAGUUCGAUCCGCUGUAAGAACAGCCUCGGCUACGGCUGCGCCGUCUACCCCGUCCAGUUCGCGCGGCCCGUCGACUUGAAGAGGCACUUUCUAGACGAGCACAGGAGCGCCCACCUCGUUCACUCGAUGUCCCGCAGGAUCUUCAAGAACGCCGUGAAGCUCGACAUCACCCGGCUGAGCGGCGCUCUGUGCGACGCCGGAUUCUCACAGCUCGCCGAUCUCGCGCGCCACCUGAGCGGCGAGCACGGCGAGCGUAUGCACGCUGACGUCAGGGGCGGCAUCGUACCGUUCAACUUCGACACGCCGCAGCUGAGGUGCGCAGUGUGCGCCCCAGAGUACGCGACCUUCAAGCUCCUGCAGGAGCACAUGAACUCGCACUUCGGCAGCCGCCCGUGCGAGGUGUGCGGCCGCUGCUUCCUAACGGAACGGCUGCUGCGGGGCCACGUGAGGCGGCACGGCGACGUCGUCCAUAAGUGCACGAAAUGCGAGAAGAGCUUCACCGCCAAGAGGCGCGAGCACGAGAACAGGACCCAUCUCGGGCUGAGCAAGCGGAACAAGUGCCGCUUCUGCGACGAGCGCUUCCUGGACUACUGGAAGAAGGUCGGCCGCAUGGUGGAAGCGCACGGCUCGCCGCCCGUGGUGCUCAGCUGCCGGAGCUGCGGGCGCAAGUCCGACAACCAGCGCGCGCUGUCGAGGCACACGAAGAGGGACCACCUGCUGGAGAGGACUGCUCGCGUCUGCGAGAUGGCCUUCUUCUCCAGCAGCUGCCUGCAGAAGCACAUGGCGAAGCACACGCGCCUCAGGCAGUACAAGUGCGACGUGUGCGGCAAGUCGUACGCGAGGAUGAACACGCUGGGGCGGCACAUGGUCACACCCGAGCGUCGGGCGGUUCAAGGCGGUUCUGCGCUCCGUGCAGAAAUGCAGCUGGAGAUGCCACGUGCGGUCGCAGCACGGCGGAACCGUUUAGCGGCCGACUGUGGCCAACGUAAGAAAGCGAACAAAGCGAUCAUGAGAAAUGCUACAGAAGCAACCAAUACAGAGGCACGUAGUGUACUCAGCGAUGAAGCAAAGCCGAAACCGAUUAAAGAGUUCAAAAAGCACCAAGAGAACCUCAAAUUCAUCCUGCAGUACUCGAACGCGAGCUUGAUACGGGGGAAGGACAGCGAUGGGUACGGUUGCAACUUCUGCCCGAAGCGUUUCCAAUUGCCGCGCGAUCUCAAAGCACACUCGCUCCACGAGCAUAGCGACGUCCAGGCCAUUCGGCUGCCGAAGUUCACCGACUACCUCCUGAAACUGGACAUCACUGGCCUGACGUGCAAAAUAUGCCACGGAAACUUCGAGAUGCUCGACCAGUUCACGACACACCUGCGCGACGACCACGCCAAGGGUAUGCACACGGACGUGAACAGCGAAAUCGUCCCGUUCAGAUUCGACACGGACUCGCUCCGCUGCGCCGCCUGCCGGGCGCAGUUCGGCAGCUUCAAGACGCUGCAGCAGCACAUGCACGUACACUACGGCAACCACAUCUGCCACACGUGCAACGCCGGCUUCGCGACGCGGCGGCGGCUGGCCGGCCACGAGCGGCGGCACGGCGCCGGCUGCCACCGGUGCGGCCACUGCGAGAAGACCUUCGCCUGCGAGGGGAGGAGGCGCGACCACGAGCGGAGGAUCCACCUAGGCCUGAAGAAGCGCAACAAGUGCCAGCACUGCGACGAGCGAUUCGCCGACUACUGGACUAAGGUUGAUCACAUGGUCCGGUCGCACGGCGUCCCCCGCGUGACGCUGAAUUGCCUCGCUUGUGAGCGCACCUUCGACAACAGAAGAGCGCUCACGCGCCACGUGAAGAAGGACCAUUUGCUGGAGAGGGAGCACGCCUGCGACGUCUGCGGGAUGCGCUUCUACCUGAAGCACCGCCUGAAAGACCACAUGCUGGUCCACACCGGCGAGAAGCGGUUCCAGUGCAACGUGUGCGAGCGGUGGUACGCCACGCAGAAGUCGCUGCGUCAACACCUCAGGACGCACGCGGACGACCGCCGCCACGUUUGCCCCGUCUGCGGGCAGGCCUUCGUGCAACGCAGCACCCUCGCGAAUCAUAUUAGAGCUAAGCACGGAGCGGAGAGCUCCAUACGC